AAUCAGUGAGGUAAUUUUGAUAUUAACCAGCCUUGCUACAGUGCUGUAAUACAUAUGUGAGUGGAGUUUUCCACUAGAAGUAAAUAUACAAAUUAAUGUGAUUUCUAUUGCAUACUUUCAUAUUUAAUGGUUUUACUGUAACAUUCCUGCACCGUUUCUAGUAGUUACUCAUUUUGUUGACCUGACAUAAAAUGUGUUGCAUGAUUGUUAUGGAUCUCCUCUUCGGUAGUCUGAAAAGAGACGUUGUCCCCCCCAAAAAGUGACGUUGCAUCCUUCCUCUGUGUCUCCAUAAAACGUGCCUCACGCAUGGACUGUAAGUGCUGAGGCGAAAGGGAGGAGAAGUUGUCCAAGGCGCGCAUGUUAGGCAGGAGCUGAUUGAUCUAGCCUUUGUGGGCCAUACCGGACAACUGUGAGAGACUGAAAAUACCACUCACCCAACUUUUGUUUUUCACCAUCCCUUAUAUUUCAUUCAUCUAACAUUUUUUUUGUUCGAGAGCACCUGCCCGGAGCUUACAGCGGUUCAUCCGGCUCCUCAUUGCGGGAUCGGGACUACCCAGCUGCGCAGGAGAGCUCCCCAGCAAAACGCGUCAUGGGAUACAGGAGAAUCACUGCCGGUUUUUGUAUGUACACCUGAGGGGUUUGUGGAUUUACAACACGGUUUUUAAAAUAGACAACAAGACUCUUUGAUUUACUGGCUUGAAGAAGAAACUUUUGUCAGUCACCCGGAGUGAUAAGCCUCUGCCAGGGACUCUUAUUUUUUAUUCUAACACACGCUUUGGAUUUUGGCGAAGAGUUGGCAGGAUGGUCGCAUCCGACUGCUUCAAACUGGCCGUUCUCAUCUCGUGUUGUUUAUCACUCACAAAUGGGCAUUUCAAGAGAGAGGACUCGCCUAAGAUUCUGCCCUCUGAUAAUCCCCUCAUUCUUCAUGAGGGUGAUUCAUUACACCUCAUAUGCAGAGGUCACAGCCCAGUGCACUGGACACUUGCUGCGCCCCAACGAUCCAUUUCAUCAGAGGGGGUGAAGGUGCAGCAGUGUGGCAGACAUCACCCCCACUCAAACUGCAGCAAACUGACAAUCACACACUUGAGUGCCAACGACACAGGGAAAUACAACUGUAAAUACUCCAAAAAUGAUUCAGACAAUGGCACCUCGACCUAUGUCUAUGUCAAAGAUCCCGAGCAACCGUUUGUGGAGCCUUAUGGAACAGCUUUCAUGCUGGGUAUCUACAGGCAUGAGACAAGUCUUACAAUCCCCUGCCGGACGUCCUCUCCUGAUACAAAUGUAACGCUGAUAGGGCUCCCACCUUUAUCAGAUCAGAUUGCUAAGGAAAAGAUAUGGGAUCCAAAGGUGGGAUUCAAGAUUCCCUACGGUCCCUACACUACGUACAAUAUGUUCACCUGUAAAACCAUGGUCAACGGUCGUGAGUUCAAGUCAGUGUACAUCCCUAAUAGACUGACUCUUGCUCUUGAUAAUGUGAAAAUCACCCCAACCCGUGUCAGAGUGUUGGUUGGAGACACCCUCAUCCUUAAUUGUACUGGUGAGACCACCUAUAAUGGGAGAAUCAGCUUCACAUGGGAUUUUCCAAAGAUUAAAGAAAAUCGACAUUAUACAAACAAGACCAAAGGCGACACUGCUAGGGUCAUUGUAAUGAGCAACACUUUAGUGUUAUCAAACAUUACCAUAGAGGAUAAGGGGUGGUACCGCUGCAAAGCUGAGAUUGAACCUACAAAACACAGGAAUGCCACAGUAAGAGUCCAAGUCUAUGAGCAUCCAUUUCUCAAUGUCUCCUAUAAAAAUGAGCGGUCUAGUAUAUUGACUGUUAAAGAGGGUACAAAAAAGGUUGUGUUUGAGCCCAGGGUCAAUGCUUUGCCCCCAACAGACAUGUUAGCAUGGUAUAAAGAUGGGGUCGCUAUCAAGAAGAAUUCCACCUGUUACAACAUGUCAGUUUUCAGCUUGAUUAUCACUGAUGUGCAGCAGAAGCAUACUGGGGUCUUCACCAUAAGCCUGGGCAACCAAGUGAAGGGCCUGUACAAGAAUCUGAGCUACACUCUGCUAGUCAAAGUGAAGCCAACUAUUUCAGAGGCGGAGCUUGCCACGGUGGACGUGCAGCCCUACAUGUUUGGCAAACAGCACCAGCUAACCUGCACUGCUUAUGGGUUUCCCUUGCCAACCAUCACUUGGCUCUGGCAGCCGUGUCACUCAGACCCUACGUUUAAAAAAGGCAUUGCUUACCCUGAGCCAGUCCUGGUCAGCACUAAUGACAGGGGAAAUUACUCCCACAACUGGAUUAAGAGUAUAAGCACCAAGCCUGAACUGGUUAAAGGAAAAAAGAAGACUGUGAGUACCCUGGUGAUUGGAGAGGCUAGCGUGUCAGGAAAGUACUCCUGUGUGGCCCAGAAUGAGGAAGGCUUCAGCAACAUGACGAGACCUUUUUACGUUGAUGAUAACCCUGAGGAAAUUACCACUCAACCCCGGACAGCCAUCGAGGGGGAUCACGUCACUCUGAACUGUCGGGCAACUCGCUACCUCUACACAGACCUGCGUUGGUUGGAUUCCACGAAUCAAACGAUCACUUCUAAUGUGUCCAGUCUCCAGCUCAGCAACUACUCCAUUUCCAUUUCUCUCCAUCUGCAUAAUGUGUCCCAAAACAGCACUGCAGGGUACAAGUGCCAAGCAUACAAGCUCCAGCAGAGGGUUGAACUCAAGAGCGCUGCACUUAAGGUGGAUGCAAGAAAACGCCCCUGGCUGAGCCAAAACCUGACUAAUCAGGAUGUGAACAGUAGCAGCACCCUGAUGCUGGCUUGCUUUGCUCUGGGAGUUCCUCGUCCAAACAUCACGUGGUUCAAAAAUAACGUUCGAGUGGAAGAAGGCCCAGGUAUCACAAUGGGAGAGGACGGGGUUCUGACCAUUGAGAGGGUGAAGAAAGAUGAUGAGGGUCUGUAUGAGUGUCAAGCCAGAAAUGUUGAGGGCACCGCAGUAACAAGUGCUUUUGUUACUGUGCUUGGGGAUGAAGGGAAGCCAAACGUUGAGGUAAUAAUUCUGGUGUGCACGGGAGCUGCAGCCACAUUCCUCUGGCUCAUGCUUAUCCUCUUCAUCCGCAAGUUAAGGAAGCAACCGGCACAUUAUAAAAUGGGUCCAUCAAUCAUCAUUGACCCUGAUGAGUGUCCUCUCGAGGAGCAGAAUGAUCUCCUUCAGUAUGACAGCAGUAAAUGGGAGUUUCCCCGUGACCGCCUGCGACUAGGCAAAACUCUUGGCCACGGAGCUUUUGGAAAAGUGGUGGAGGCUUCUGCCUUUGGGAUCGACAAGCUUUCAACCUGCAAGACUGUUGCUGUCAAAAUGCUGAAAGGAGGUGCUACGUCAAAUGAGCGGAAAGCUCUGAUGUCAGAGUUAAAGAUCCUGAUCCACAUUGGCCAUCACCUGAACGUGGUCAACCUGCUGGGAGCCUGCACGAAGCCUGGAGGACCAUUGAUGAUGAUAGUGGAAUUCUGCAAGUAUGGUAACUUGUCCAACUAUUUGAGAAGCAAGAGAGAUGACUUUAUCGUGUACAAGCGCCAGGACGGUAAGGUGGUGUCAUCAGGAUCAUCCUGCGAGCUCAGUGAGCUGAUGAAGCGCCGCCUGGAGAGUGUGGCCAGCACCGGAAGCUCAGCCAGCUCUGGGUUCAUCGAAGAUAAGAGCUACUGCGACUCGGAGGAAGAGGAAGAAGAAUCUGAGGAUUUAUAUAAGAGAGUCCUGACAUUGGAGGAUUUAAUUUGCUACAGUUUCCAAGUCGCAAAAGGCAUGGAGUUCUUGGCUUCACGCAAGUGCAUCCAUCGUGAUCUGGCUGCACGAAACAUACUGCUUUCUGAGAAUAAUGUUGUGAAGAUUUGUGAUUUUGGACUUGCCAGAGACAUCUACAAAGACCCGGAUUAUGUGCGCAAAGGAGAUGCUAGGCUACCGCUCAAGUGGAUGGCACCUGAGGCCAUUUUUGACAAGAUCUACACAACUCAGAGUGACGUUUGGUCUUUUGGUGUUCUCAUGUGGGAGAUCUUCUCCCUGGGUGCCUCCCCGUACCCUGGGGUGCAAAUUGAUGAAGAAUUUUGCUGCAGGCUAAAAGAGGGGACAAGGAUGAGAGCACCAGAAUAUUCUUCCUCUGAAAUAUAUCAGACCAUGUUAGACUGCUGGCACGGGGAGCCACAGGAGCGACCUACCUUCACUGAGCUGGUGGAAAGGCUGGGAGACCUGCUUCAAGCCAGCGUGCAGCAGGAUGGGAAGCACUACAUACCCAUCAACACAGCCCUGCUGGCUAAGGUGGGAGACCCGUCCAACACAGUGCUGUCAGAGGAGACACCCACACAACCAACCUCCCACUGCGACUCAGGGAGCAACUGGAACAUCAAGAUCCGCCCUGCUAGUGUGAAAACCUUUGACGAUGUUACCAUGGAGAGCGGGACAGAAGAGAACCACGGGGACGGCCAGUCAGACAGCGGGAUGGGCCUCUCCUCUGACAACAUGAACACACUGAAGCGCCUCGAAUCGUUGGCAGGUCGACCUCUGAGCAUCAUGGCUCUAGCGAUGAAGGCAGUGAGUAAGAGUAAAGAGUCUGUGCUGUGUGACACAGAGAAGGAGAAGUACCCAACUACAGUUCCCUCUCUGGACUUCAGCCUGGACGACUCGGCCCUGGAUGACUCAGCUCUGGACGCUGGCCUGGAGUGUCACAGCCCCCCGCCGGACUACAACUAUGUGGUGCGCUACUCCACCCCACCUGUGUAACCUCCUGCUUUACCCCUGGAGAAUCUGACUUGGUAGCCUCAAGGCCUUUGCUUUGUUCUCCUCUGUUUUGACUCUUAUCUCUGGACUGUUCUGUAGCAACGUUUGAGAGGAAAACCCAUGAGAUUCCCUCUUAAACCGUUUAGAAAAAGACGCUCUGAAACAACUCAUGAUUCUACUCAACCAUAACCUCUGCAUCCUCUAACUUCCAGGGCGUCUGCUGUGCAACAAAAGAAAAACCUGUAGACUGUUGAUUCCUUUCCAGUUUUCAGACAGAUGUAAAUGCUGCUGGUCCGCUCCACAUUCACUGUGAUUUGUCAAACAGCUGAAAACAGGCUCAGGUAUUUCUUUGCUCUACUGUGAAAACAAACCACCAUGAUUCCAACUUUACCGCAGAUCUGUACUAACUACAGCCUUUUAUGAUAAAUGGAGAGGGGAUAGCUGAGGCUUUUCAAAUUAUACUGAGACUAUUUUUUUUUUUUCAAAAAAUUUGAAAAUAAUUUAGUUAGUAAAGGUAAAGUUCAGUUUUGCUCAAAGCAAAAAGCAGAUGAAAAACUCAAAUUAACUAUAAAUUGUGAAAAGUCUCUAAUUUGAAGUAUCAUAGCGCCUGUAAUUCCAUAAAAUUAUCAGUUCAAUUAUCUCAGGUUGAUCCAGAGUGGCAGAGGAGAGCAAGUGCUCUGUCAUGUACUGGUGGAUGUUUUUUAAGCUCUCCGGGUAAUGAAAAAUCACAGGUUAAUGGAGGAAACAGGGUAAAGCUGAGAGUAACACCAGACGGCUUAAGAUUUUACAUUUCAGCUUGACCAUGAAAGCAUUUAAAGGAAGAGUUACUCUAUAUUCAGUUUCCUCCAUCAGAUCCAGAUUUGUUAUUGAAGAAGCUUCAAUUUUUUUGUCUUUAAAUUUAAAAGAAAGUGAGAAGGAAACCAGAUUUGUUUAUUUUCUUGUGUAGAAAUUGAAUUAGAACAAGACCGAACGGUUUAUUCAGAAAGCACUAGUAAAAUAAAUUGUGUAUUUAUUUAGAUUGUAAAAACCUGGUGUCUCAGAUUUUAACCAAAGAACUUUCCAACUCAAGUUUCCUGAUAAUCAACACUUAAUAUCACAUUCCACACUUAAUUAAUUCCACACUUAAAAGCUGUUUGUGCUGCUGUAUUCACUGAUAGUAAAGUUGAGGGAAUCUGCCUCUGUAGAAACAUGUAUGUGGAUAUUCUCUAUCCUUCGUCUUGUGCUAAGUGUUAAUAAAGCUUGCAGGGCAGGCUACAAAAACUCUACGUGUGUGAAGUUAGCACCAGUCUGCUCUGGUUCACUGUUGUUAUAUUUUAACAUGUAAAAUCUCCGUGUUUUAACAGCAUUUUGGUCAGUUUAUUCAAGAUUCAGGAUGUGUUGAACAUAUUGUGGACCAAACCUUCAUUCAUGCUCAUGUGUUACUGUGCACACACCCUGUUGUAAUGUGGCUAGCUUGAGCUUAUUAAUGACUAAAGAACACAGUAUUUGUCAGUGAGUAAACUACAGUGUUAAAUGGAUAUUUUGAAUCCCAAAAUGACGUUUUAUUUGUGGACCAAUUGGUUUUGUUUAUGUGGGGAGGAAGUGAUUAUGCACUGAUACUUUAUAUCAAGUAUAAUUUUUGUAUUCUAAAGGUAUAUUAUUAUGAAACAGUGUUGAGGGUCACAUGUUACAAAGAUUUCUGAUUUUAUUUGUGUUUUAUUUAACUCUUAACUCUAGUACAUAGUAGGAAACUAAUGUUUGCAGUAUUUGUUGUAUUAAUUCUUGCCAUCCUAACAUCAUGUUCACUUUUUAUAACCUUGUCUUAAAUUUUGGUUCUAUUAUCUAAGUUACUGCUAUCACAAUAACAAUCAAAGAUUUCAGUCUGAAUGCAAAGAUUAAUUAUUAGUAUUUGGAUUUUAUUGCAUUCCUUCAUACAUCACUAUGAUCAAUGGUUCCUGCAGCAGGUCAACCCAUCAUCCUAGUUUUUCCUGUUUUGUUCAUGUAGUGUAACAAGUUAGCUUUAAUGAAAGUAAUGUUCCCCAACACUGUUAACUGAGCAUAUGAAGUAAAUAAAUGAAUAAAGAUCUAUAUAUUUAUACUUUA